UCGAUAUAAAACCUGGGGAGACCAUUAUCGAAUACCACAAUGUAAAAUAUGGCUCGCUCUUGCGCAUUUCUUGAAAUAUGUCUCUCUGCAAACAUAAAAACUUCCUCAUUUUGUUUACAGUUCGAACACGCCGACUUUUGCUGGUGUGGUAUAAAAACAAGUCAAAUUUACACUUUUAGGUAAUUUUUUUACGCGCAUUAUUUUCUUAAAGAAAAUGCAACUUACGGAAAGAACGCUUGUCAUCUUUCUUUUGAUCACAUUCUUCAAUUACUUUGCCUCUGGAACCACGGAAGAACUUUUGCAAGAUGCUCUACGCGAGAUUCGAGAAAGGGGGCCGUUUUACUACUUAGUGCCCUCACACAGUGAAGAUGAAGCCAGUCCCAACCACGUGGAAGGUGCUGAUGAACCCGCCGUAUAUUCCAAUCACGUCUCGGGGAAGAACACUGCCAAGAGACCUGGAACCGCCUGUCCGUAUUCCGUCUGGAGUAACGGCUGUAACCUAUGCACGUGCGACAGUGACGGGGAGGUGCGGUGCACGAGAGAUUCCUGUCCGACGUUGACUAUGUCAGCUGCUAGGAGAAAAAGACAUCUCAUCAUAAAACCUUUCUACAGAUUCAGACAUGGUGCUAAGAACAGGCCUGCUUGUAUGUUCGGAUCCAAAUGGGUAGAUGGCUGUUUCGAAUGCAUUUGUAAUAGCACCGAGCAGAUUUCUUGCCACCGUUUAGUUGGAUGUCACAGAGAAGGCCAUAAACUGGAAUAUUGCCCUUUUGGAGAUAGCGGAUGGUCAGAUGGCUGUUUUAAAUGCCUUUGUCAAAAUGACGGAAGGCCACAUUGCCACAGGCUUCCGAAUUGUACAAGACGCAGAAAACUAGGUAUGCUGAGCCAACGACAAUACACCGUUGUCCGUCGUUCCAUCCACUGUAGACUCGGUAGCUGGUGGCAUGAUGGCUGUGACACAUGUAGUUGCAUCCACAGUUCCCGUGCAGUAUGUACUACACAUUGCCUGAGGGACACGUGAGGAAUCGCCUGACACAGACAAGUGACACUUGAUUAUACAGUCAGAUUGGUCCAUGUUUUUCUGUAUGACAGGACAUGGAACGGUACAAAUGCGGGGUAUAAUCCAUGGUGGCUUGAACAGAAUUCCAAGGUGUCGUCCUAUGUCAGCGUAAUAUGAUAAUCCACAUCUAACAUCUUUAGUCUUGACUGAAAUGGUACAUAUACGGUAUGGUACAUAUACGGUACCAAGUCUGCAUACAAAGUUUCAGAUACAUACAACGCACGAAGGGUUUCCCUCAUUUUUGCAUAUUUGUAUUUAAUAAAUAGACCGAAUUUAUAUUUCGUUGAGAUUGGUGCUAAAGAGCACCUGGCCUUAAAAGCUGAAAAUGUUGUAAACUGGAUAUUUUCAAACUUUUUACAGAUUUGAGUCUGGGAGUUCAGCGAAAAUUAACCAGCAGAAACAAUCUAACCCAUCUUCUUAACUAGCAAUCGUAGCCGAUAAGGCCAAGAACAUUUAAAUCUUCCCAAUGUUAAAAUGAUUUUAAUGGUCUAUAGAGUACAUAACAUGUAUUUAACACAAAUGCUAUUACUUUUUUCAACAUUGAUUUUCACUUACUUUGCCUUAAAUAAUUGAGUGAUCUAACGACAAUGGAAUGCACCUCUAAGUAGAAGAUGAAAGAGAUAGUGUUAAUGUUGAAAACUGCAAGGAACAUAUAAUUUAAUGUACAUAAAGCUGGAAAGAAAAUAAAAAGGGUAGAGUAUUUCAGUACAUAUCGGAAUACUGGCGUGCUAUUACUUUUUCAGUGAAACCGCAUGAAUCGUACCUUUUAUUUGGAAAACGAUUUAACAUCUUCCAAUGAUGUUUAUCUUUUUAAAGGACAUUUAGAAACAAACGCCUCUGUAACCGAGAAAGGAGAAAAUGUGUUAAGAUGGUCAUGAUAACAAAUAAUGUUAUUCAAGAAAGCGUUAUUGUCACGACAAGAUAUCCAUAGGGGCACUGUUAUUGUCAUGUCCUCUGCUCUCGGCCGGGGAAUGAACGCCGCCAUUAUUCUACUGUUUAUGUAAUGGUUUCUGUAAAAUAUAUGUAGGCUAACGGGACACGUAAAAUAAAGAAAGUGAACCUUCAGCGAAUUUUAGCUCUCAUUUCUCUUCUCUGCCAACUGUCGCGUUAUGUAUACAGAAUGGUUAAUCUCCUGGCACGGCUCAGUGUUGAGUGGUACACAAAAACAAACCAGCUACGUACGGCAUGGCAAACGCACAACACAUUACGACCGGCCUUGCUGUCAUGUCGUGUAGGAAGCGAUUGAAAAUAAUGCCCAUCUGUCACCCAUUUGGAGUAUUAGCGCGUGCUUGGCAGUCCCAGUCGAGCACUGGGACUUAAUAUGUGAAUUAGAUGAUAUAAACAACUGUUGACACAGGACUUGGUGGUUAGUUUGGCGUUUGGGACC